AUGUUCUUGGUCUUUUACAAAAACCGGGCUAUCUACUGUAUACCCCCCCUACCCCGUCACAACACCUUAAACCUGGUCAAAAAGGCACAGCAGCGCCUGUACUUUUUGAAGAGACUGAAGAAGGCCCGUCUGUCUCCCAAGAUCCUGGUGAACUUUUACCGCUGCACGGUCGAGAGCAUUCUGGCUAACUGCGCCACAGUGUGGUUUGGCGGAUGCUUCGUGGCCGACCGUAAGGCCCUGCAACGGGUGGUGAAAACCGCCCAGCACAUCACUGGUCCCCAGCUCCCUACCAAUGUAGACCUCCAGCGCAAGCAGUGUCUGCAUAGGACACGCCGCAUCAUCAAGGACCCUUCACAUCCAUGCCAGAAACUGUUUGCCCUCCUACCAAUCAGGCAGGCGCCUCAGAAGUUUUCCACCAAGUAUUGGAUGUCUCAGACAUGCAUAGUGUGUGGAAAAGGAAUGUUGUUUGGACUUAAAUGUAAAAACUGCAAGCUGAAGUGCCACAACAAAUGUACCAAAGAAGCCCCACCUUGCCAUUUACUGAUCAUCCAAAGAGGAGGAGGAAGUAACCCCCUCAAAGAUCACCAAGGAAAUCAAGCUCGUUUGGUACGGACUGAAUCGGUACCAUGUGACAUCAACAACCCGCUCAGGUACACAGACCUGCACAUCAGUCAGACGCUGCCCAAAACCAACAAAAUCAACAAGGAUCACAUCCCUGUCCCGUACCAGCCAGACUCCAGCAGUAACCCCUCCUCCACCACCUCCUCCACACCUUCCUCGCCCGCUCCCCCCCCUCCCUUCCAGUGCCACCCCUCCCUCCCCCCUACACCCUUCCCCACAGUCAGCACGGCAACAGAAACAGUUCAACUUCACAGACCCAUUCUCCCUCUCUCCCUCUCUGCAGCUUCUUCUUACUUCAAAUACAAGCAGCAGUUCAUCUUCCCAGACGUGUCCCCGGCACCAGAGGCUCCUAACAGAACACCCCAGGUCAUCCUUCAUCCUGUCCUGUCUGAGCCUGGAAUCGAGGUGAACCCUUUAAACCCUUUACUACAGAUUGAAGUUGAACCGACAUCAGACAAUGAGGAGGGCAACGAUGAGGCGGAGUACUCGGAGGAUGAGUUUGAGGAGAUGAACCUGUCUCUGCUGUCAGCCCGUAACUUCCCCCGUAAAGCCAGCCAGACCUCCAUCUUUCUCCAGGAGUGGGACAUCCCCUUCGAACAGCUAGAGAUAGGGGAGCUCAUCGGGAAAGGUCGCUUCGGCCAAGUUUUCCACGGGCGCUGGCAUGGCGAGGUGGCCAUCCGCCUCAUCGACAUUGAGCGUGACAAUGAGGACCAGCUCAAGGCCUUCAAGAGGGAGGUGAUGGCCUACCGAAACACUCGGCACGAGAAUGUGGUCCUUUUCAUGGGCGCCUGCAUGAGCCCUCCACACCUGGCCAUCAUCACCAGCUUGUGUAAGGGAAGGACUCUAUAUUCGGUGGUGAGGGAUGCCAAAGUCAUCCUGGAUGUCAACAAGACCAGACAGAUCGCCCAGGAGAUGGUUAAGGGGAUGGGCUAUCUCCAUGCCAAGGGGAUCCUACACAAGGAUAUGAAGUCCAAGAAUGUCUUCUACGACAAUGGCAAAGUGGUCAUCACCGACUUCGGACUUUUCACCAUAUCUGGGGUUCUGCAAGCUGGCAGCCGUAGAGAGGACAAACUGAGAAUCCCCAGUGGAUGGCUUUGUCACCUGGCCCCUGAAAUAGUCUCUCAGCUCUCCCCUGAAACAGAGGAGGACAAGCUGCCUUUCUCCAAACAGUCAGAUGUCUUUGCUUUCGGCACUAUCUGGUAUGAGUUGCAUGCACGUGAGUGGCCUUACAAGAACCAGCCAGCAGAGGUUAUCAUCUGGCAGGUGGGCAGUGGGAUGAAGCCCAACCUCACACAGAUCGGCAUGGGCAAAGAGAUAUCGGACAUCCUGCUCUUUUGCUGGGCAUUCGAGCAGGAUGAAAGGCCCAGCUUCUCCAAGCUGGUGGAUCUGCUGGAAAAGUUGCCAAAACGGAACCGUCGCCUUUCCCACCCAGGGCACUUCUGGAAGUCAGCUGAGUAUGUCAAAUGAGAUAGACGCUAAACAACAACAACUUUUACUACUACAAUACCUACCACUCACAAAACCACAACUCCCUUAGAGUGCACU